AUGGCGUCUGGAUCCUUUAACUCCUCUGGUGAUAUCUUCGGCAAUGCCAGCUCCGGCGCGAAGACGCCGACACCGCGCGCGAAGGGCUACAAGCGUCUGAAGCUUGGCGACACCACUCACUCCUCGACGGGCGCGUUCCACGGGCUCCUGGAUCGCAAUAUUAAGGGGUCAUCUAUAUCUUUUAGCGACAGUGCUCCCAAGGCGACCCCAGCACCGGCACUCUUGACCAGUGCUCUCGGUACCGUCUCAGAGGAAGACGUGGAGAAGGCUCUGUCGCAGCAAUUCAUGGGCGUCGUACCCUCCUCUAAGAAUCAGCAUGCCCGACAUGCACCGUCCGCACGCGAUAUGGACGAGUCUGCUGCCGCACCGGAUAACGGGCCACUGACCGACGACACGCUUGAAACCCAACCUGCGGGCGACUCGCUGGCUGACGCUGAAGGUGACGAUGAGCGCGACGUGGAAGAACGGCGCAGGAAACUUGAAACCGACUUCCCCAUACUUGCCUGGUUGCGCUGGGACGAGGUCUUCUUGAGAGAGAUUAUCCGUUUCGAGGGCCGAGGCGACGCGCUCACCAUGAACUUUUGCCCUCUCUGCGGUUCGCCUGGACGUCCGGAGUACAGCUGCGAACAGUGUUCGAGCGUGGCGAUGUGCCGGAAGUGCGUCGUGCAGUGGCAUCGCCUGCAGCCGUUGCACAAGAUUUUCACACACGAACAUGGCUACCGGCAACGCGUGGAGCCGGGUGAUCUAGGAUUGCGUAUCCAGCUGCUGCAUCCUCCCGGCCAGGCUUGCCGCGGUCGUGAGCUCGCGCACGUCGACCACUUCACGAUUCUGCACACGACCGGCGUCUUCCGCAUAAGGGUGGACUUUUGUGCCUGCGAAGAAGGCCAGGAUAUUCCCCGCGUCGUUCAGCUGUUGCGCCGUGGCCUGUGGCCGUCUACCGUGGAAAACCCGCAAAGCGCGACGUCUUUUGAAGCUCUUGACGACUUCACUAGGCUGUCAAACCUCGGGCGUCUUACAGGCUACGACUAUCAUCGCGCUGCUGCCGCCAAAACGGAUGGCGUCGACCUGAAGGAUGUACCGGACAUUCGAAAGGCGUUCAUGACGUGCGUUCAUGAGUUCCGACACAUCACGAUGUUCAAACGUGCCGGUCGAGGUCAUGAACCGGGUGGUAUCGCCGCCACACCGAAUGGCGCUUGUGUGGUCCGUUGCCCCGCCUGCCCUGACAAGAGUAUGAACAUGAGGCCCGGCUGGGAAUCCGACCCCAACACGUGGCUUCACCGCGCGGUCUACUCCCUUGACGCGAACUUCAGGCUCUCGAAUAGGCUAUCGCGUUCGACCGACAAGAGCGACCCAUACCUCAACGAUGGCAAAGCGUACAUGCCGCCGGCGCAGGAUUAUUAUGACCACUUGGUGCAGAUGGAGGGCGCCGAUUUUGAGAAGCCGAGCGAGUGUUCGCGGUUCGGCGCCAUCAAUCAAGCCAACAUGAAGGGGGGGCGGGGUCUGAGGACCACGGGCAUGGCGGCGUGCACCUGUCGCCACGAGUUUUGGCAGCCAAACGGCAUCACUACGCUCCGUAAAGGUGAACGUUAUAUCAGCGUCGACUAUGCGCUCUGCGGUGCGCUCAAGCACAGCCGCGCUCCGUUCGUCCUCGUCACGUACGACAUAGCGUGUCAAUGGCACAAAAACCUGAAGGCGCGACUGGAACAGAUUCCUGAGAAACGAGAGGUGUACGCGGGCGCGAUGGCGAUGGUGGAGUUCAUCCUCGCGGAUAAGGCGAGGUUCUGCGUGCCGAAGUUCCAUCUGUACGCGCAUCGGUUAUUGUGCCAAAUCAACUACGCCAUUGGAUGGACUAUCGGGACGGGGGUGCUCGACGGUGAAGGUCCGGAGCGCUGCUGGUCGGGUACCAACGGUGCGGCCUCGAGCCUGCGCGAGAUGGGUCCAGGGACGAUGCAUGAUACAAUGGACGAUAUUUGCGGCGCGUGGAAUUGGAUGAAGGUCUGUGGCAUAGGCACCGCUCUAGAGGAACGGAUGUGGCGCGCGCUGUGGGAAGGGCGAGUUCAAAGCGCGAUCUUUACGGAGUUCACCGACGCUCUGAGGUCUGAAGAUCCCGAGAAGGUGGACGAAUGCGAACGGAACGCGAUCGGCUGGGAGCUGGAGCCGAAGAAGUUCAAAAACCCUUACAACAUCGUGCGGAAGACGGCUACCAUCAAACAGAUACAACUCGAGACCGUCUUGGCGCAGGGCAAUGCGACGUCGAAGGUCGCUGAACAGACAGGGAUCUCGGGUGUCAACGCGUUCGGUACUUCCAGCAGCGCACAGGGCGCGGAGAUGGCGAGCGAGGCUGUCAAGAGUCUGCGUUCGACGGGCAAGACUAGGCGGGCCAAAAACGCCGUACCACCGGCCACCGAGGCGUCGCGGGCUUCGAACAAGCGCAAGGCACCCGAGAAGGACGAUAACGAGUACGUCUUGCCUGCGGCCAUCACCGUAGCCCCGGACGCCGAGGAUGAAGCGGAGAAUGAGGAGGUUCCGGACGACUAUCUCGACUCGGUCGGGCUCGACGCCGACGAAGCAACGACCAGAGGACAGGCCAUCGCAGAGCGUGGCAAUUACGGGGCAUUUAUGUCUUUGUCAGAUCAUCAUAUAUCAUUUAGUGCAUGCAAACCGGCUAGAACCCGAUAA